AACAGAUCUGUAACUCACCGGACAAAACACAACAGUGAAGACGUGUAUGUGAGAGCCACCAUGGACAUGAUGUCAGAGUGGCUGUCAGGGAACCAGCCUGACAUUUUGAGGCCUGCAGAAGGUGGAAGCCUUACAGAUAGACCCACAUGUGGCACUUCUUCACCUGGAGAUGUUACACUUACACCAGGAGAGGCUCUACAUGGGGGUACAGAGUGCUCUGGGAAGAGACAUUGUACUGGAAAACAUGUGGUUGUGCCACUUCGUAGCUCAUCUGAUCGCAAAAUGUACUACAAGUGUGAACAUUGCUCCUUUGUUUGUGUGGAAGUUUGCAGCACAGAAAUUCCUGAGUCUCCAACAGAAGGUGAAAGUAGCAAUGGUUUUGUGUUUCAGCAAUGUCCUAAGGAAGUAGAGGGUGAAGGUGUUGCUACAGUGACUUGCGAUGACACUGGAGGAGAGCGCGUAAGAGAGAAGAAGACUCGUACAAAAGGGUUCAGAUGUUCCCUCUGCAGGUCUGAUGUCACGUUCCCAAGCCUCGCCGCUCUACGGCAGCACAGGAAGGACUCACAUGGUGGGAAGCCUGCAAACAAACAGCCAAACAGAACAGAACAGCAGCUGGAGACGAAGGUAGAGUCAGAAGGGAGAUUGAAACUUUCACAGAAAUCGGAGCCUUCUGUGGAGCAAGAAGAAAAGGUCGUUCGCAGACCUAAGAACCACAAGCGAACCAAAGACGUGGAGUGUCCCGUGUGCCACAAACUCGUCUCUCACAGUAUGUCUCUGAACAGGCAUCUCCACAGCCACAACAAGAGUGCUGAGUGCCUGUUGUGCCACAGUAAGUUCCAGGACAACACUGUACUGAAAACCCACAUAGAGAACCUCCACAUGGCCUGGGUGCCCUCAACAGAGCCUUCAGGCCAGACUAUACCAAUCGAAGAGGCCAACUCCAAUAGUUUUCCGGUUAGUUCCUCAAGUUAUGAGAUUGGAGAGUCAGCAUGUAGUAAUGAAGGCCACACAAUAGGUAACAGUGGACUCACAAUAGCAUCUAUACAGGGAGUCAUUGAAAGUAUGAGCAGUGAAGAAAAUCUAAGGCCAGGCAGGGUUGAGACGGACUUGGGACGAGAUCCUGCAGAGGUCUUCUCUCAACUUCUGUCAACUGGAGCAAUCCUGGGUGGCGAUACAGCAAACCAGGAUGACGGGUUAGGAUCAGGGCCUGGAUUGGUAGGCAACAUGAGAUGGGAAACUAUGAGUCAAGCACAGAGCUGGUCGGACGUAACAUAUCCUGAAGAUUCACCUGAGAAAGCAGAAGUCUCAAACCUUAAGGAAAGUACUAAAACUAAGCUGACUUGUACCCAUUGUCAAGCCAGGUUCACAACAUCCUGCCAGCUCAGUCAGCAUCUAUCCAGCUCUCAUGGGCUUAGGAGGACGUUCCAGUGUGAGGAUACCUCCUGCAGGAAAGUGUUCGAAACCAUAGAAAGUUUUAAGGAGCACACGGCUGUCCACAGUCACAAGCCUUACAAAUGUAGGACAUGUGAAAGUUGUUUUGUGAGCAAGAUGGAGUUACAGAAGCACCAAGAAAGUGAACACAAGAUUGAGAAAGGGGUGAAGCUCACCUGGAGAGACUAUGCAAAGUAUUCCUGUCCCAACUGUGUGUUUCGCAGCAGGGGAUACAAAGCUCUACAGAGACACAUGGCUGAGGAAAGUCACAGCCACAUGUGUAAGGUGUGCGGGAGGAUCUGUACCAGCAGGGAGCUUCUCAAAAGUCACAUGGUCAGCCACAACGACCAGAAUUCUUUCCUGUGUGAGGAGUGCGGGAGGGGUUUCAAGUCCAGCGAUGCCAUGAGGCGUCACCGCUUGCAGAGGCACUCGGAGCAGCGGAACCACAUCUGUCCCCACUGCGGACUGAGAUUCAAGCUCAGUAACAAGUUAGGCAGGCACAUCAGGACAGUACACGCCACCGACAAGCCCCACAAGUGUCACAUGUGCGACAGGGCGUACACGCGCAGAGACAAACUCAGAGACCACCUGAUGACCCACACCAACGAGAGGCCAUACAAAUGCUCAUACUGCUCACUGGGGUUCAACAGGAAGGACCACCUGAAUGACCAUGUCAAGCUUCACACGGGAGAUUUCAAGUUCCACUGCCCUAGCUGUGGUAAAGGUUUCACCAGGGAGAAGUAUAUGAAAGAACACAAGUGCACGGGCCAGUCACAGCCCAAGACUAGCCUUGUUAUGCCCCCGCCACUACCACAGCUACACCUCCCUGUUGUGUCCAUGGAUGGGACAGAGAGCAUGGAGGCUGCAAAUGCAACCUUCACCAUCUCCAGACUGGCAUGGACUGAGUUUACCUCACAGGCCUUUGAGAUGGGCCAAGGGCAGGGCUCUAUCAACUCAAAAUAGAAAUAUAGGUACGUCUAUUUUAUUUCAGCUCUGUGAUAAUAGCUGAACAACACAGAUAUCAUGCAGCAAUAUACUGUAGUCAUAAUGAUAAAGAAAUGAGAUUGUGUAUCAAAAGAUUUUUUUAAUCUUUUCUUAGGGAUUUAUAAGUUUCAGUUUUCUGCUCUUUUGAGCAGUUCUCUAAAGCGACUACCGGUAGAGAUAUUUUGGUAUCUUAAGAAGAAAUAAAUUGCAUGUAGGACUUGCAACAAAUUUAGCUGAGUGUGUUUACUACCAGGCUCCAGUGCAGUGUUGGGUAAUCACACAGGCAGUAAGUUUCCUUUAUGUUAGGCUAAGGAUAUUUCUAGCCUGCGGGUAGAGAGUCAUCAAAUUACACAAAAACAGCUCGCGACUUCCUUGUGUCUCUAGGCCAUUAACAGGCCAUUGACGUCUAUCCUUAGCAACCUUCCUUAACGAUACUUCCUGAAGGUGUAACCUGAGACAGUUCUGUCUUGGUUUGUUCACAGCGCAGUGAAAAUGUUGAAGGCUGUGCCCCAGCUAGGAGAAAGGGUGGUCUGCAUGACCCUGAGCACUAUAAGCAUGUGGAUAAACAGGUUGAUGAUUUCACCAAUAUCGAUUUGUAUUAGAAACAAGUAAGGAUCGAUGUGAACUGUAUUAUUACUCACUGACAGU